AUGGAUGAGAAUGGCAAUAACAAUCGAAAUCAAGCAGCCACGCCGGAAGCAAUCAUCCCUAUCGAUAUUCAUUAUAGCAAAUUAUUAGAUUGGCUUAUUGAUAGGAAGCAUUGCAAAGGUGAUUGGAGGGAUCAAACGCUACAAAUUCGAGAAAAAAUCAACAAUGCUAUUCAAGAUAUGCCCGAAAACGAUGAAAUUAAACAGCUGUUAUCUGGCACUUAUAUUCAUUAUUUUCAUUGCCUAAAAAUUAUCGAAGUAUUAAAAAUAUCUGAAUCUGCCACUAAAAAUAUAUUCGGACGAUAUUCUUCAAAAAGGAUGAAGGAUUGGCAACAAAUCGUAGCCAUGUAUGAAGCAGAUAGCAUCGGAUUAGCCGAAGCAGCCGAUAUGUUGAUGAGAAAUGUGAACUAUGAAAUUGCAGCUUCCAAAAAAAACAUUGGAAAGUGUCAACAACAGCUUAGGGACUUAACAAGGAAAGAAAGUGAAUAUACAUCAAAUGCUAAUAUAUUCCGGAAUAAAUUUUUACAGACUUGCAAACAAAUUGGAAUCCAGGGUAAAAAUAUCAAAGCUGAACUCAAUGAACUGUUGCAGACAUUACCAGAACUUUAUGACGACUUAGUAACAGAUUCCAAGCAACUGAGUAAAGCCUACGAAUUUUAUCGAGCUUUUGUUACCUUUUUAGAUGAUUCCAAUGGAGAAGGUAAACAAUUAGAUAUUUUACCAUUACUAAAGUGCAUCAUCAAUAAAGGAAACAUUACAGUUUAUGAAUGGAAAACUGGCCAGCCUCCUCCAGAUACUAUAGACUUUGGUGACCUGGAUUUAACCACCGGCUCGCCUGACACAAUCGAUUUUGGCGAUUCAAAUACGAUCGACUAUGGAGAUUCAAAUGCGAUUGACUUUGGCGAUAAUACAAACGAAAUUGAUUUUGGAGAUGAAAACAAUGCAAUUGACUAUGGUGAUGAAAUUAAUUUUGACAUUAGCGUUGAAAACGGCGAUACUACAUCUAACAACCAAGAACAAAGCUCUACGAUCGAUGAUCAAGAUUUAAUGACUAUUUUAGAUGAUACUCGUUCAAGAAACUGUUUUAUUGACAAUUUAACAGAAUUGCAGGGUUUCUUUAAGCAACGCGUAAAUGAAAUGUCCGAAGAAGCUAAUAUAGUCUCUGUUAACCAGUUUCAAGACGCUCCACGACAAUUGCAGUUGACCUCAACAGAAGAAAUAUCUUCAAUGAAAUCAGUUGUAGACAGUAUUUUAGAGAAGCUGACAUCCGUUAAAAUGCAACACCUGUUCUUGAUUAAAACUUCGGAAAGAUAUGUCGAUCGUUUAGCCGAAUCGUUAAAGCAAAAAGAAAAUCUAGCAGAAAAAAUGUUAGAAUCAUUAAAAAACUCGCAGGAGCGUCGUGAGAAAAUUAAAGAGCAACUUAUUGAAGCAGAGCCCAAGCUUAAUAAUCUAAUAGCAAAAACUAAAGAACUUCAAACUGAAGUUGCCGCCGAGUUAUCAAAGCGAUACCAAAAUAGGCCAGUGAAUAUAAUGGGAGAAAUCAAUUUAAUUUAA